AUGACUGUCAAUUAUCACCUGUUGAUCUCCGACUCAUCGCCAAUCAGCCGGAUACGACUGUUGCUCAGAUGGCGCGGCUCAAUCUGGAAAGCGCUCCUCUCCGAACUAUCACUUUGGUUAUUGUGUUUCGCCUUGGUCGCCUACAUCUACAAUUUCCAACUGGGCACCGAGGCGCAGAGAACCGCCGCUCGGCUCUCCACCCAGCUGAACCAAAAGAUGGAUAUGAUCCCGCUCAGCUUCAUCCUGUCCUUCUUCGUGACGGCCGUCGUCGCCCGGUGGACGCACAUGUUGAACAAUAUUGGCCUUAUUGACAACUUGGCCCUUACAGCCGCCUUCCACAUCCACGGAACCUCAGAACGCGCACGCAUGUUGCGAAGGAACAUUGUCCGCUAUGCCGUCCAGAUGCAGCUUCUCGUAUUCCGCGACGUCAGCACACAGGUGCGCAAACGAUUUCCGACGAUCGAGUCGACAGUCACGGCUAACUUCUUCUCGGCCGACGAAAUGGAGACGUAUCUCAACUACGACAACACGUACACCAUGGCCAGGUAU